AUGCUGCUUUCCUUGGUACUGCUGCUGGUCCUGCUAGCUGCCCUAGGGUGGCUAUGGAUGCAGCUGACUGUCUCACCUCAUCAUCCCCCACCUCUAGUCCCUGGCUUUUUCCACCUCAUUCGAGCUGAUCUCCCAAGCUAUUUUCUGAACCUUGCACAGAAAUAUGGGCCACUCUAUCGGCUUCACCUUGGGAUACUAGAUGUGGUGGUCCUGAACUCCAAGAAGGCAAUUGAAGAGGCCUUUGUGAAGAAAUGGAUGGAUUUUUCAGGGAGACCUCAAACAUUUCCUUACCAACUGGUAAGCAAAGAUGGCCAGGACCUGUCUCUAGGGGACUACACACCACUCUGGAAGGCCCAGAAGAAACUGGCCCGUUCUGCUCUUCUGUAUGUGCACAAUAAUAUGGAGCCUGUCAUGGAGAAUAUGGUACAGGACUUGUGUAAGAGGCUCCUUGCCCGUGCUGGCUCUCCUGUGGACAUAUCUAAGGAGUUAUUCAUGUUCACUUGUAGCAUCAUCUCCUUCCUCAGUUUUGGGGAAAAGACAGAGUCUACAGUUCAGGAAAUUAAAGACUGCAUCGAGGAAUUGAUCCUAGGCUGGGAAUCUUGGCAAGUCCAGAUUUUGGACUUCCUACCCUUUCUCAGGUUUUUCCCCAGCCCAGGUCUCAGGAAACUGAGGCAGUCAAUAAAGAAACGGGACAGGAUUAUGCAGAAGUACUUGACACAGCACAAGGAGACAAUGGUGGAAGGACAGACUCGGGAUUUGACUGAUUAUAUGCUACAAAAACUAAGGGAGCAAGGAGAGGGCCCAGGUCAGCUUUCUGAGGGACACGUGCAGAUGAUAUUGGUGGACUUAUUCAUCGGUGGCACAGAGACCACAGCAGUCACCAUCAGCUGGGUCGUGGCCUUCCUGCUUCACCACCCAGAGAUACAGAGGCGGCUGCAUGAAGAGCUGGACCAAGAGCUGGGGCCAGGUGUUUCGGGAAGCCCUCCCAACUAUGGAGACAGGGCUCGGUUCCCCCUGCUCAAUGCUACCAUUACUGAGGUGCUCCGGAUGAGACCCGCAGCCCCCUUGGCCCUUCCACACUGCACCCAAAAGUCCAGCAGCAUAUGUGGCUUUGACAUCCCUAAGAACACCGUUAUUAUCCCCAACAUCUAUGGUGCUCACCAUGAUGACAGUAUUUGGGCACAGCCUUAUGACUUCCGGCCUGAUCGUUUCUUGGAGCCAGAACCGAGCCCACUAGGGAUCCCGUUUGGCUGUGGGGCCAGGAUAUGCCUGGGGGAGUCCCUGGCUCGCUUCGAGAUGUUCCUGAUCCUGGCCCAUCUGCUCCAGGCUUUCACACUGCUGCCCGCAGUCGAGGGUAGCCACACCCUGCCUUCGCUGAAGCCCAUCUUUGGGAUCAAUACAAGGAUCCUGGGUUUGCAGGUGCGGCUGCUGCCUCGGGAGGCCAGAGUGCAUCAAUAA